GGACGUUACAUUUAGUUCCGUCUUUGCGCAAUAGGUAAACAUAUCCGACGCGAUACAACACAAUGAUAAGAGAAUGUUCACCAAUACCCAAACCAAACCAAAUUAGGCACGACUGCCAUUCGUUUCCAUUCAACAGCCACAAGCGGUUAACAGUAAACAAGCUAUAGAAAAACCUUACAUUUUGUUCCAACAGUCCAUUCAGGAUUCAAUCAUUUUCAAACCUUUUACUUCGUUUUACCAUCUGCUAGCCAGGAACCUCGCAAACUUUCCAAUGGCACUUUUUAAUGCUGCCGUGUUAUCAGCUGUUUUCGCACUGUGCAUCUUGAGUCACGAACGGGGUGUUGACGGAAGUGAAAAUAAUCAGAAAAAUAGCCAUGUUGCUUGCCCGCUUAAUUACAGACCAGUAUGCGGCAGCGAUGGCAAAACCUAUUCCAAUCAAUGUCUGCUGGAUGCUAAAAGCAUGGAUGGUUCCGUGAUCAACAAGGCAUACGACGGUGAAUGCAAUUUGGACCAGAAAGAAUAUCGACCACGUUGCAGUCCUGAUGAGAACCCGAUAGUUUGCGGCUGUCCGUGUGGCAUCCGCUGCACGGACGUGUUCACGCCCGUAUGUGGAACCGAUGGCAAAACGUACAGAAAUGAAUGUCAACUGGCUGUCACCAACGCUUGUGCUGAUAUCCCCGUCCGCAAAUGCUACGACGGUGAAUGCAGAUCUAAAACGUCAAGUACCUCCGCAAUUUUGAUCGUUCUUGUGCUAUGUUUUCUCAGUAGCCAACGAGGCGUUUACGGAGAGGUUCGACGGCGUUGCGAUAUCGUGUGCACGUUCCAGUACAGUCCCAUAUGUGGAUCAGAUGGAAGAACCUACUCCAACGCGUGUCAACUACAAGCUAGGAAUAUGUGCUAUGGCACCCGAAUCCGUAAGGCUUACGAUGGAGAAUGCCGAUUUUAGAAGGGUAGUUAAGAAAGAGGUUAAACACAUUUUUCAUGGAAGACAAAUUUUAUUCCUGCUGUCCUUAUCGAUAUCGUUUCUUCAUCUGUUCCGCGUUGAUUUUAGUUGAAAUUGCCUUGACUUUACGGUCUCCUUUCUCCACCAGAAUUACAACGAAAUAUGGUUUACGUGUACAAA